GUGACUACUGUGAGCAGUAUCAUUUACGCGAUGAAAUCAAUACACCUGUCCCGCGUCACGGACGUCAACUUUGUUGAAGAGCUCAGGAACGAAAUCGCCAUUUUGAAAACUCUGGAUCAUCCGCAUAUUGUGCGGGCCAUGGAAACGUAUGAACAUCGGAACCAAAUCUUUAUCGUCAUGGAGCUGUGCAGUGGUGGGGAUCUGUAUAGUCGGGAUCCUUACACAGAGGAAGAAGCCGCUCGAAUUACCAGCUCGAUUUUGAGUGCAAUCGGAUACAUGCAUUCAAAAGGAUUUACUCAUCGGGAUCUCAAGUACGAGAAUAUCUUAUUCAUGAGCAACGACCCACAAUCGGAAAUCAAACUGAUCGACUUUGGUAUGUGUUUGUUUGUUCGUUUCGGGUUUUACACUAUGGCACCCGAAGUUCUCAAGGGAAAGUACACGAAACAGGCUGACUUGUGGUCAAUAGGAGUGAUUACGUAUAUGCUAUUGUCGAGUCAAAUGCCCUUCUACGGUCGCAAGCGGCGACACAUUGUGGAACAAAUUAUGGAGGGCAAGUUCGAAUUUAAAGGCCGCCGUUGGAAAAAACUCUCACAACAGUCCAAAGCCUUUGUGCAAGACUUGUUGAUAGUAGACCCGGGCGAUCGAGUGACCGCCGAUGAAGCCUUGGGUGCAUCUUGGUUGAACAGACGAUUUAGUGCAACUUCCCGUGAGGCUCACGUAGAGGAGAUUGAUUCAGUACAUCGUAGUUUGGUGAAAUUCUCUGACUACUCCAAGCUGAAAAAGGUCGCUCUGAUGGUCGUCGCUCACCGCUCAAGCUCGUCGGAAAUUGGUAUUCUACGGAAAGUCUUUCAAAAGUACGAUACGAAACGAGACGGUCAGUUGAGUUAUGAGGAAUUCAAGGCCGCUCUAUCGGACGCUGGCUACGACGAGAAUGAAUACCGCAAGAUAUUCGAUGCGAUCGAUAUGGAUGGUUCGAACAAGAUUCGGUAUACCGAGUUUUUGAGUGCAACAAUUGAAGCACAUGGAGCGAUUAGCGAAGAACGGCUGGCGGAAGCUUUUGAUCGCAUUGAUUCCGACGACUCUGGUUAUAUAUCUGCGGCCAAUCUCAAGGCCAUGUUGGGCGACGAGUUUAACGAGAAGGAAAUUGACGAGAUUAUUGAAGAGGCGGACAUUACCAGGGACGGAAAGAUUUCGUAUGCUGAAUUUCUGGCCUUG